AUGGGCGAAGUACCAUUCCAGAAAAAUCGUGCUGUACAACACCAGACUUCAGGCGAGAGCAUUAUCACGCGGAAAAAACAACUACCACGAUUGCAACGCCAGUCCCUUUCCUGUACAAAGUGUCGAGAGCGAAAGGUGAAGUGCGACCGCACGAAACCGUGUUCAGCAUGUUGUGUUCGUGGUCUUCCCCGUGACUGUCACUUCAUAACUGAGGACGGAAAUUUCACCCCAAUUCAACAAAGUUACGAACUCCGUAAGCUUCGAGCCGAGAAUGUCCAACUCAAAGAGCGAUUUCGCGCACUCGGUAUACCGAUUUACAGUGAGGAAUCUCAUCACACCUUGCCUCUAGGUUCACACACCGACAAUGGGCUUAGCCCGGCGGUGAAACGGCGCUCUAUGAAGCAAACUCGAUGUCAAGAAUCUGAGUGGCAAGAAAGCAUAUUCUUUGGCGCACCCGGAUUGGCUACUGUCAUCAGUGAUUUUAGUUCGGUCAACCUUGACAACCCGACGACAUUGACACACAUAAUACCACAUCCCAGGGACAUAUUCAUCUCGGAAAAUACUCCGGCGUAUGCCUUUGCCACGCUCUUCAGUGCCUCUUCUGACGAAUGCAUUCCGCAACUGCUUAGUUGUCUCCCCGCAAAACAUGAGUUCUCAGAGUACAUGGACGUAUUUGAACAAGUUGUGAGCAUACAUAUCCCUGCAGAAUUAUCAAGACUCGAGAUAGAGCGCUUUCUAUUAGAUGCUGAGAGUCACUCUUACUCCUGUCCAAGUAUGCUGGCAUUGAUUCUCGCAGUCAUUGCUCUUGGCGCGCAGCACUUCAUAUGGAGAAAGAAUGGCAGUUGCGAUGUCGCCAAAAUGGACGCAGAGGCACAGAAAGGCAACGUAUACAUUGCCGCAUCAAUGCAGGCAUUACGGUUAGCUUCGUUUAUGCAUAAGCCGUCUCUCGUAGCCGUCCAAACACUCAUAUUGAUCGGAAAGUACUUGGCCAAUAGCGGAAGAAUCUUGGACGCAUUCAUACUCUUCGGUACCACUAUCAUAUUGGCUCAUUCUAUCGGUCUGCAUUGCAAUCCGAAACAUCUCACAUCCUGCUCUCUAACCGAGGCGGCGGUCGCAACGCGUCAAAAGAUCUGGUGGUACAUGCUCCGAAUUGACGAGGAGUAUUCCAUGACAUUUGGACGGCCACUUGGAAUCAGCAGCAUUGGCACUUGCUGCUGGCCACAGGAGCUCACAACAGACCCAAAUGUAUUGCGGCUCGGAGAAUUCAUAAUGCAGUUUACCGUACUUGCUAGGCAGGUUCUUCGCAGCAAUCGACUGACUGAUUCUCAGAUCGAUGAUUUCACAAAGGCGCUUUACAGAUUAUUGGAUACGAUACCUGAAACACUCCAAUUCGAUCCGGCCUGGACUGAUGCGGAAAGCACACCGUCACAAGGCCUCUUGCCACUCAGGACCGUAGCGACCGUACAACAAGCUUUUAACAGCUCCAUGCUCCUCGUAUUCGAUGCGAUAGAACACCAGAGAAUUACCGAUGGCGUCCUGAAGGCCGAGCAAACUUUAUCGAUAUUCAAAGACCUUGAGGCAAAAACGAUGCACAAGCUCGCGCGGAUAGCAGUUGAAAAGAUUAGCCGGAGCCUCCAGACGCUACAUAACAUCGUUGCACAAUCGCCGUACAGCAAUCCUCAAAAGCCCGAUUGGAAAGAAAACCACACUGCUGGGUACGGAGCUGAGAAAGACGGGGUAUCACAGGGCUGGGCUGGGAUCGAAAGCGUUAUGGGUGACACUGGCAUGCAGCUGUUGGAGACCUACGAUCUACGAACAUCAUCGCAAGAGACUUUUACUCCUAUAAACUGGGGUAUACCUGGUUCACGAACGGAC